GAAGAAGGACAAGCACAGACCCAGCGGAGGGGAAGCAAAGCACUCUGGGAAGAGGGGCGGGCCGGGCGCCUGGCCUCGCGGGCAUUGUGGGAGGGUCCAAGCCGUUAGGAGCUGUUCCUUGGGGCUCUGAGCGGGCGGGAGGGGUACCCUAGGAUGGAGGAGGAACUGGAAACAGAGCCCGAGCCCGGGCGGGAGCUGGAGGCGGGGCCCGAGCCAGGGUCGGAACAGGAGCAGGAGCCGGAGCCAGAGUCCGAGCCGGAGCCGGAGCCGGAGCCGGAGCCGGAGCCAGAGUCCGAGCCGGAGCCGGAGCCAGAAGAGUCCGAGCCAGAGUCCGAGCCGGAGCCAGAGCUAGAGUCCGAGCCAGAGCCGGAGCCAGAGCGGGAGCCGGAGCCGGAGCCCCAGCUGGAGCGGGAGCGAGAGCGGGAGCCCGGACAGGAGGCAGGGCUGGAGUCCGAGCCCGAGCUGGAGCUGGUGAAGGAAUCGGAGCCGGAGCCAGACUCGGAGCGGGAGCCGGAACUGGAGCCGGAGCCCGAACCGGAGCCGGAGCCCGAGCCCGAGGCGGCGCCGAGGCUGGCGUGGGCUGAGGCCCGGGCCCAGGAGGAGCGGGAGCUGCAGGAUCGGGAGUUUUUCUCGUGGGCAGAGUUCAGCCGCUUCUUUGAUACUUGGUGCCAGCAGCACCGGGCCCUCUUCUUCGUCAAGAGCUCCAUGCACCUGGCCAAAUGCCGCUGGGCCUCGAUGCCCCCACUCCAUGCCCUCAUCGAUGUCCUCAAGUACAGCUACGUGCGGCUCGUCUGCAAGGAUGUGAGAGCACCCGCCGGCCGGCCUGGCAUUGCGGGGAGCCCCCAGCCAGGCUGUCCGGCCUUCAUCAUCCUGAAGCUCAGCCCCUUGCGGGACCGCCUGGUGGUCACUGAGUGCCACCUGGCCCAUUCACAUCCAGCCUGCCCUCUGGAGUUUGCCUACUAUUUCCGCCCAGGCCAUCUUCUUGCCAAUGCCUGCCUCCCUGUCCGCACCACCAACAAGAUCUCCAAACAGUUUGUGGCCCCUGCGGACAUCCACCGCCUCCUCUCCUACUGCAAGAGCCGGGACCACGGUGUCCUCGAUGCCCUCCAUGUCCUGGAGGGGCUCUUCCAGGCUGACCCUGAGGCCAAGGUGAAGCUGGUUUUUGUGGAAGAUCAAGCCGUGGUGGAGACCGUCUUCUUCCUCACGUCCAGCAUGAUGGCCCUGCUGCGCCGCUUCCCCCUCAUGCUGUUCUUUGACCGCCUCCCGGGCCUGCAGGGCACCUUUGAUCUGUCCACGGUGCUCUGUGUGGAUGACCGCGGCCGUGGCCGGGAGGUGGCCUGCUGUCUCACGCGCCAGACCACCCCCAACCUUCUGCGCUUCACGCUCGCCUCGCUGGUGCAGAGCGUCCCGGAGAUCAAGGGCCGCGUGCGCUGCGUCACUGUGGGGCCCGAGGUGGGCACGCAGCUGGAGGCCGUCCGAGAGCUGCUGCCCGGGGCUCGCGUCCAGAUCUGCCGGGUCCAGGUGCUGGAGACGCUCUUCAGCAAAGCCCAGGAGCUGGGCGGGGCCGGGGAGGACCCCGGGCUGUGGCCGCUGCUCUGCCGCCUGGCUGGGGCGGCCUCCGCCGCAGCCUACAUGGCUCUGGCCGAACUGCGGGCUACCUGCCCGGCUGCCUUCGUGGACUACUUUGAGCGCAGCUGGGCACCCCGCAGGGCCAUGUGGGUGCGCCUGUGGGCCUUUGAGACAGCCCGAAAUGUGGAUGCUUGUGCCCUGGUCCGAGGGCAUCGGCAGCGCUUGCUGCGGGGGCUUAGCCCCUCACCCACAGUUGCCCAGUGUAUCCGUGACCUAGUGGCCUUGCAGCGGGGGCACAGUGAGGGAGAGGGGCUGGUGGGAGAAGAGGGCCUGUCCAAGGCCACUCUGACCGGACCUGGGGUGGGGUUAGAGAAUGGAGGCGGAAGGGGGUUGCAGUGGGAAGAUAGAGGGGGCAGGGGAACACAGUUGGGAGAAGGAGGUGUGCAGUUAGGGGACCGAGGACUGAGAGAGGGAGGCAUACAGUUAGGAGACACAGGGGACAGGGGAACACAGUGGGGGGACAGAGGUGAGUGGGGGAUGCAUUUUGGGGAAAGAGAUGUACAGCUUGUGGACAGAGGGGAUAAGGAGACACGGUUGGGAGGGAUCGGUAGAGAGUUGAGAGAAAGAGGGAUGUAUUUAUGGGAAAGAAGAGUAAGAUUAGGAGAUAGAGAGGGGAGGAGCAGACAACUGGGGGGAGGCAGUGUACAGAUGGGAGACAGAGGGGAGAGGGGGCUGCCUUUGUGGGAGAGAGGUGUACAGUUUGGGGACAGAGGAGAGAGGGGGCUGCCUUUGUGGGAGAGAGGUAUACAGUUGGGAGAUAGAGGAGAGAGGGGACUACCUUUGUGGGAGAGAGGUAUACAGUUGGACAGAGGAGAGAGGGGGCUAUCAUUGUGGGAGAGAGGUAUACAGUUGGGGAACGGAGGGGACAGGAGGAUGCAGCUGGGGGAGAGAGGUAUGCAGUUGGAGGACAGAGGGGAGAGAGGAUUCCAUUUGUGGGAGAGAGGUAUACAGUUGGGGGACAGAGAAGAGAGUAGGACUCAGUUGGGAGAAAGCGAUGCACAGCUAGAGGACGGAGGGGGAAGAGGGACAGAGCUGGGAGAGGGCAGUAUUCAGUUUGAGGACAGAGGGGAGAGGGGGAUGCAUUUGUGGGAUGGAGGGCAAAGGAUGCAGCUGGGGGACAGAGAGGAGGCUGGGGCCACAGUGGGAGAGCUUCAGGGAAGAGGGAGGACGGCUGCGGUUGGAGAUGAGAGGGCGUCGGCCCGGAAGCGGCCCAGAAGCUCCUCGGAGGAGGAGGAUUGGGAGCUGCUGUCUAGGUUCCGGGCUGUGUGUGGGCCGGAGCUGGCUGGUCUGGUGGCUGAGGAGCUCACCUUUGCCCGGCAGCAUGGGCUCAGGGGCUUCCGGUGGACUGGGACAGGCUACACACUGCAGGACGGGACCUCGGACUUCCUCCUGGAUGCGGCGCUGACCCGCUGCAGCUGCUCCAUCCACGCUGCCCGCCACCUCCCCUGUCGCCACCUCUUUGCUGCCCGCCUUGUGGUGGGGGCUGCCCUAUUUCACAUGGACCUGCUCAGGGACAGCUGGGGAGGGGCCCCUGAGCCUUGAGCCUUGGAACUCUACCCCCCUGCCCUGCACCUCCCACCACCGGGAGUGAGGGUGCUCAGUGAGGUCCAAAAAUCCGGGAGCUCCCUUUCCUGCCUCCCUUGGGAUUUUUUACUUUGGGGAAGGACAAGUGCUCGGAGAUCCCCAAGCCCACUCGUACGUGGUGGACAAAGUGAUUCUUCAGUAGCUGUCACAGAAUUCUUCCCCUUUCCUGUCCCCCAAGAGGAAUGGAAAAGGUGAUAGCUGAGGGAUGUGGGCAGAGGGGAAUUAGGGUGAGAAUAGAAAUAGAGGUUAGGAAAAGGGGGAAAGAGAGAAGAGAAAGGAGGAGAGCUGGGAGAAGACAGAAGGGGAGAGGAGAGGUGAAGGUAGGUGAUGCAUGUAAGAGAAGGAAUGGAAGGAGCCAGUUGACUUUCAGCUGGAUUCCUCACUCGGAUUGGCCCCCAUUCAGCAAACUAGACGGGCCGUGGCUGCUGGGCCUGAGAGGGAGGAGAGAGCGGGAAAGAGGAUGACUCACACGGUUUGGCAAGGGGACCGUUCCCGGCCUGUCUGUCAAGAAGUGAACGUGGGGGUUUGAUUUCUGUUCCCAUAAGAAGGACUCUUUUGGGAGAGCGAGGCUGCUGGGGGGUGGGGUGGCGAUAGGGGUGGGAGGGCUAAAUAGGGGGCUGGACUUUACCAUCUCCUCCAAUCCCAAGCACUUCCAAAGCUUCUACCCGGUGGCAGGCAGGGAAAAAAAAGAAAAAAGAAAAAAAGACGUAGCUUCCCCUUAUAGAGCUUAAGUCCAAGUGGGGCCGAUGAGUCACAUCUACAGGUCAGUAUGAGUACCCUCUGUGCCAAGCUCUAGGCCUAUGUGGGUGUGGACUUCAAGCUGGAGAGAUUCUAGCAAAAUAUCUCUUUGAUUUCUUUUGCUUCUUCUGCCAUGAGUUAAGUCUGGGAAAUCUCAGAAUACCUUGUAUCUCCGAUCUCCACAAAUAUGGGUAGUUGGGUUCAAGGUAACAAAGGGAUUUGUACAGGGAAUUGUUAGUGUCCUCCAUGUGUGUCUUGAGAGAAUCUGUGGGGUUGAGUCGAUUCUGAGCAAGUCCUUUUCACUGGGCCUCAGUUUCCUCAUCUGUGAAACAAGAGGCUUAAAAUAGAUGGCCCUCAAUCCUAUAGAAUCCUACAGAAUGAUCAGUAAAUGGGAUUGAGCUGUGUGGGCUGGGUUUCUUGGAAACAGGAGCACAGAGAUUUUGGGCUUCCAGGGCUCUGGACCCUAUUGUUCCUUCUCUCUCCUUGGUUUCCAUGGGUGGUAAACCCCCAGGAAUCAGCAGGCCUCUGGCUGGCAGGCAGUCUGGCUAACUUGAGGAUGGUGCCCUGUCAAUGGCAAGGAGUGGGAGUGGCUUAGAGCUCCCAGGCCAUUAUGGGAUUAGAACAUUUAGUGCCAACCUUUAAUUUACGGAGCCCUAGAAAGAUUGUGAAUACAUUUGAAUUCAGUGUCCUUUUGGCUGUGUUCCCUUGGAAACUGGGCUUUGGCAAGGCACUGAAGUGUUGUGACCUGGAAGGGCCAUCUUGGAACAUGGGGGAGCUUGUGGCUUGGUCCCCAGCCCAACCCUACCUUGUGAUGCUUACUGAUCUCCAGUAAACUUCUUUGGGCCUGGUA